UUCAAACGCCCUAGGAGCAUUUCUAUACCAGUUCCGUUUUCCAAAUAGAGCCGCAACUGAACUUCCUCCAUUAUCCGAAUAGUGUCCCUCUCUUCUUCUUCUUCCUCCCUCGAGGGCGCACAGACACACACACUCUCUCUCUCUAGCUGACAAUGCCAGAUAUUCAUCUUGAGACUCACACUAUAAGAUCCCAUGGAACAACAGUAGCAAGAUUUCACUUGCAUGACUGGAUCAUACUAUUACUACUUGGAGUUAUUGAUGUCGUAUUGAAUAUUAUAGAACCAUUCCAUCGUUUUGUGGGAAAGGAUAUGAUGGAGGAUUUGAGAUAUCCGAUGAAGAGCAACACAGUACCAUUUUGGGCUGUCCCGUUGAUUGGAGUUGUUUUGCCGGCUUUUAUUUUCCUUGCUAUAUACUUCAAAAGGAAGAGUGUCUAUGAUCUGCACAAUGCAAUAUUGGGCCUACUGUUUUCUGUGCUUAUAACUGGCGUCCUAACUGAUGCAAUCAAGGAUGCCGUUGGACGACCACGGCCAGAUUUUUUUUGGCGUUGUUUUCCUGAUGGUCAUGAUCGAUAUGAUGACUUCACCACUAGUGUUAUAUGUCAUGGGGACAAUAGUGUUAUAAAGGAGGGGCACAAGAGUUUUCCUAGUGGGCAUUCUUCAUGGUCUUUUGCUGGCUUGGGCUUUCUUGCAUGGUACCUUGCUGGUAAAAUUCAAGUUUUCAAUCGGAGGGGCCAUGUUGCCAAAAUUUGCAUUGUGUUGGUUCCUCUUCUCUGUGCAUCGCUUAUUGCAAUUUCUCGAGUAGAUGACUAUUGGCAUCAUUGGCAAGACGUUUUUGCAGGGGGAAUUUUAGGAUUGGUGGUUGCUUCAGUUUGCUAUUUACAAUUCUUCCCUCCACCUUAUCAUGCAAAUGGUUGGGCGCCUCAUGCAUAUUUCCGGGUGCUCGCCGAGAUGACGAACGGCAGUGCACCUUCUGCUGCUACUAAUGGCCUUGGCAUAAGGCCUGUGGAGAUUGAGACCCUCAAUAUUGCUUCAGAAAGGCAGAAUAAUAUCGCUUCGCGGGACUCGAGCCCAAUGUUUCAUGAUGUGGAAUCAGCUGUUGGUAACCACAGGCAAUGAAUUUCUGGGCUGAAUUUGUAAUAUAGAAUAUUUGCAUAUGUUUUGAGUAAGUCUUGUUGAUUUAGAUUGAUCCUUUUAUUAUCAUUCUUUUGUAAUUGGUACAUUUUUUGUUUGUUUAGUUAACAUAUUGAUUGAUCAAGCAAAACAAUGCUGUUCACUUCUAUUGGAUUGCAAGCCAAACUUGGGUUGUAUUGGUUUGUUUAAUUGUUUCUUCAA